UGUUGUUUUUCUCCAGCAUCAGAUCCGCUGGUCUCUCGCACUGCUCUGCUGUUUUUACCGCAGCGGGCUUUCCUGUCCGCUGUGGAAUAUCGUAAACGGGUAACCUUUUCUUUUUAUUGUGAGCGUUUUAUCCUCUUAUUCCGUAGAAAUGGCAAGUCCUCCGGCGACGGGAGGACACCUGUUAUCUAAUGGGACGAAUGACGUGAAGAAGUGCGGGUAUCUGAGGAAGCAGAAACACGGACACAGGCGGUUCUUCGUGCUGCGGGAGCCCACGGAGCGCUGUCCCGCACGGCUGGAGUACUAUGAAAGCGAGAAGAAAUGGAGAAAUAAGUCCGCCGCCAAACGCCUCAUAACUUUGGACUCCUGUCUGUGCGUAAAUAAACGCGCCGAUGCCAAACACAAGCACCUCAUCGCCCUCUACACCAAGGACGAAUACUUUGCUGUGGCUGCAGAAAACGAGCAUGAGCAGGAGAGCUGGUUCUCCGUUCUUUCUGAUUUAAUAGCAGAGAGCAAAGUGUUUGACAGCCCUGCUUCCACAUCCUCUUUAGUGGGGUUUGAGGAGACCACUUACGGACAGCUUACUCCUGCAACAGCUACCUACAAGGAGGUAUGGCAGGUGAACCUGAAAUCCAGAGGCUUGGGUCAGAUCAAAAACCUCACCGGAGUCUACAGGCUGUGUUUAUCUAACCGAAACAUCAGCUUUGUCAAGCUGAACUCUGACACACCAGCUGUCAACCUUCAACUCAUGAACAUCAGGAGAUGUGGCCACUCAGACAGCUUCUUCUUCAUAGAGGUGGGCAGAUCGGCAGUAACCGGGCCAGGGGAGUUCUGGAUGCAGGCAGAAGACUCGGUGGUAGCACAGAACAUCCAUGAGACCAUCCUGGAGGCAAUGAAGGCAAUGAAAGAGCUCUCUGAAUUCAGACCGAGGAGCAAAAGCCAGUCAGCCAGCACCAACCCCAUCUCUGUGCCCACCCGGCGCAACCUCAACAACCUUCCCCCAAGUCAGACCGGGCUGGUGAGGAGAUCCAGAACCGACAGCAUGGCUGCCACAUCCCCAGGGAGGAAGUUCACAUCCUGUCAGAUAAGAACAGCCAGUGAGGGAGAUGGAAGCGUAACCCGGCCAGUGUCUAUGUCCAUACCAGUGGGUGAGAGUCCCACCAGUCCCAAUUCUGGAAAUCAUCUCAUGAGGUCCCACCCCCUUAGCAACGGACGCACAUGCAGAAUACUGGAGUCUGCAUGCAAUCUCCAUCACAGUCGCUCAAUGCCAAUGUCCAACUCUCCUCCUGCCGCCUCCAGCCCCAUCAGCUCAUCUCCCAGGGGAGGAACAAGGGUCUCAACUCCAGACAAAGCCAGACGUCCUUUCAGCUGCAGCGCCUCCAUAUCUGGCUCCCUGAGCGACACUGGCAUCCUUCUCUGUGAUGAUUUCAGCUCCAGCCCAGGUGAACACAAGUUUCUCACUAUGACACGCAGUGACACCCCUGACUCCCUGUCCAGCACACCUCCAUCCCGUUACCUGAGCGACCCCUGUGGCUACAUGCUCAUGGAGGGGGCUAACGGCAGCAGGUCCAACUGUGGGAUCGAGGGUCAGAAUUGUGACAAGGCAUACAGGAAGCGAACGCACUCCCUCACCACACCACGCCAACAGAAGGUGGUGACUCCAUUGUCCUCUGCUUCCUUGGACGAGUAUACUCUAAUGAGGAUGGCUCAUGGGCAAAACUCCCAUUCUGCUUCACCCAAAGUAUGCUAUCCUGAGGAUUAUGGGGACAUCGAAAUUGGUUCAUCCAGGAGCUCCAGUAGCAACCUUGGUGAUGAUGGCUACAUGCCCAUGACGCCAGGUGUAGCAUCUCAGUCUGGCAAGAUGGAUAACUAUGUACCCAUGAGCCCCAUGUGUGUCUCAGCACCAAAGCAGAUCGUCAACCCCAGGGUGCAUCCCCAGGCAGCUACCAAUGACUACAAGGCCAACUCUCCCUGUAGCAGCUCUCUGGAAGACAGUGGAUACAUGAGAAUGUGGUGUGGCUCCAAAUCCUCCAUGGACAGUCCUGACAGACACGGCGAAUACAUGAACAUGUCACCUGGAAACCCACCCCCUCUGCAGACCCCUCCUGAUUACUACUUAAGCCCUCUCGCUGGGGAACCAGCGUCAAUUAAGCUGGCUUACCAGACGGGCUCCCUCACACUGCCUGCAAAACUUCAGUCAUCCAACAAUGAAGACAGUGGCCAGUAUGUGUUGAUGAGCCCACAGAGUUCAAGGCAGAAGACUGGGGAGUCAGACUAUUAUUCAGUAAUGCAGCCGUGUGCAGUUCAAACAUCACCGCUGAGCCCCUCAGUCCCCUCACCAGUCAGGCAUCAUCGAGCAGACAAUCUGUCCUACAGAGGGAGGCUGGGGAGACCCAACAGGCUGUCUCUGGACACCCUGAGGACCCUGCCCAGCAUGAAUGAGCAUCCCCUGCCCUUAGAGCCCCGCAGCCCUGGCGAGUACAUCAACAUCGACUUCAGCUGCAACAGAUCUUCUCCACCAUCCAUCGUAUCCACAGAGAGCCAGUCUUCCUCUCUGGGGUCCAGCGGCGGGGGCCCAGGGCGGUCAUCUCUGUCAGACUACAUGAACCUGGAGCUGGGCUCGCACUCGCCCAAGGAGGCUGACACUCCGGUUGAGCGACUGGAUACCCUGCCUGAGCUGUCCUCAUGCCCCUGCUCAGAGGAUGUUGUGUACCAUGUAGAGUGUGAGAAAAACUCCAGAAGUUUUGUCGAUGAGGUGAAAAAUGACUAUACUGAGAUGACAUUUGCGAUGACCAGCUCACCCCCACAGCUUGUUCCUCAGAACUCAAGCAGCCAGAACUGCAGGGAGAGACGGCUAUCUCUUGAGGACCAAGGUGUUCCUGAACGGAUUGGGGUCUUCCUGCUUGGAGCAGCAACUUCCCCACCCGUGGACCCAGACCGCUCUGCCAAGGUCAUCCGGGCCAAUCCACAAGGGCGAAGGCGCCACAGCUCAGAAACCUUCUCCUCCACGGCCACAGUGACGCCGGUCUUUCCCUCAUUCGCACGCGGUGACGCAGUGAAGAGGCCGAGCUCGGUGGAGAACAUCUCGUCCCGCAGCAGUGAGGGUUCCGAUGAGGAGUACGGCAGUCCCAUGACCAGCCACAGCUCGACCGGCUACUCUAACGAACUGAACUACAUCGCCUUGAACCUACUCGAAAACAGGGAUGUGGAGAAAUGUGGAGACCUGGUGGGCUUUAAACCCACCAGCAGCUGCAAAGGGGGCAUCAACAGAUUACACAACACACCUUACGUCUGUUUGGGGUUCAAAGAGACUGCAACCACUGCCAAAGACUGAAGGACUUCACUCGUCCUCGGCUUUGGGGUCUUGAACUGCUGCUCGAAACGAAAACAAGCAAGAAAAGGAGAAAAAAAACAGACUUUUUUGUUUUGUUUUUGCCCCUUCGUUGGGCUCCGUGACCCGAAAAGACUGUGUGGACCCAUCAGCAUCACAAGCCGGCUGCUUGCACACACUCGGAAAAAAGCAGGUCACCAUCUAUGCAUGCAGUGUAUUGCUGAAAGCAGUACAGGUGUGUGUGUGAGAGAGAGUGUGUGUCGGAUGUGUGUUGGUACGUCUCGUGUUCCCCGCACUUUGAGAGGCCAUUUCUCCUGUGACCUAAAUUUUGGCACAAGCACAGAAGCGAAGAUAGUCAGACAAUAACAAAGCUCUAAUGGUACCAAGUUACCUAUUAUUUACUUGAGGGUAGAUUUUGUGUGCAAGUGUUUGUUUCUGAGAACCGUAAAACCUGCUGCACUCUGCAGGGAUGGAAUACCAAGGUACACUGAGUACAUAAAACAAGAAUAUAUAUAUAUAUAUAAGUAUAUAGAGUAGUACACAUUAGACGUGUUAUUUAUUUUUUGGAUGAUGAAUGUUUGAUAAGACCUACCCGAUGCCUUAAUGUGUAUAAUGUCCUUUUAUGUUUUCUAUGAAAUAAGAGAUAAAUAUUCUAUUAGGGUAUAUUUCUUUAGACCUACAUCUCUAUAUUAUUAUCUUGUGGAAAGCAAAAUACAUAUUUAACCAUUAAAUAUAUAUUAUUUCUGAAAUGUACAGAACCAGUUUGGCUGCUUGAGAGCUGAUUAAAGUAUUUUCUUAACGGAUAAUUUCACCCAUUUUAUGUUUUUUGUCCAAACAUAUUGAACUAGUAAAACUAUAUUUCUAAAUGUUUAUGCAUGUCUUUUUGUGACUUAGCUGAGAUCCUAAAAUAAUAAUAAUAACAAUAAUAACACCAGGCACUGUUCCUCAGUCACUUGAGCCUGAAAACCUCACACACUCCUACCUUCAAACCAAAGGCUUGUUGUUCGGGUGGACGCAGGCCUCCCUGCUGUGAUAUCAUUUGACUGUACAACUGUAACACUGAGAUGAUAACGGAGGGGAAAAGCCAACUUUAGAUUGGAGGCACAGUUGAGUCGGUUUAACCUGGAAAUAAAGAAGGAAAAAGUUCAACCGUAGCACCAUCAUAGAGGAUCGUGGCAAGAGAAAACUUUAAAGAUUUUAAAAAUCAUAAGUCCUCGCUAAUGCGUGCUGGUGGUCUGCAGUAAUGCAUCACAUCAGGGAUGUGCAGGAAAUACUUUAACAACUUUUUUGUAACUGCUAGUCAACUACAGUAUGGAAACUUUGUUAUAUUAUUUCUAUAAAACAACAAGCAGUUCAGUGAGAAACACCAGAACCACAAUCAAUGGAAACUGGUUGGAAAAUGACAUAAAUCACUGAAGUAUUUAACCGAAAUAUAAUUCAAAUGGAAGGUUUGACAUACCCAAAAGCCUUUGCCAAUAUUACCAACUCUUUGCUGCUGUCAAAAAAUAUAAAAAAUUUGAAAAUUAAACUGCUUUUUGCUGGUAAGAAAUAAAAUAUACGAAUGAGUGACUAAGUCUUUGCUAACAUUAUCAACUGUUAGCUAAAAAAAACUCUUGACAGUAAUGAAAUUAGCUUGUUGCUUCUAAACUAUCAAACAGUUUAAAAAUAUAUCUAAAGUGAAACAUUUGAGCGUAUGGAUGAAUGCUAACAUGUAGCAUAAAGCGAACUGCCUCAGUAUACUGCUGUACAUCCGUCACGUUAGCUUUGCUAGCAAUAGCUAACGUUAGCUGCUGUAAGCAACUAGGUUGUACUAGUAAAUGUGAAAACUUCUUUAAUUGAGUGCCGUAUUACGUUACUCCACUUUCAUCCACUCACAGAAAAAUUGAUUAUUUCCACAGUUUUUUUUUUUAUUAAAAUGAAACAAAUAAGUCAAAUUAGCUCCAGAAAUGGUUGCUGCGGUGUUUGAUGACGGGUUUUUUUUUAUGGCCGUUUAUUAUUUCUGCUGUCUUUUUGAGCUCUUCUGUGCCGACACCAACUGGCUUCAAGCCCCUCAGAUGUACAGGAGAUUGUCAAACUUUUCCAUGUCUGAAUGUAUCGCUGAUUUUUGCGGGACCACCGCAGAUUUUAAAUGGUUUUCAAAGUGUUGAAUAAUAUUGGAGCUGCACCAAGCUAACUUAUGGUAUCUAUUUAUCUUUAGUUUGUAAAUAUAUUGUGUAAAUAGAAAAGAGUUUACCUAAAAUAUUGUAUUCUUAGAUUUGGCCUAUGUUGCAAUGUUGUUGCUGUGUAAAGACUUUGGCUACAGAUUUUUAAGAUGGGAGGGUUUGUUUUGGGUCUGUACAGUGUAUUGUAUGCUUUUCUCCCUCACAGUCUGAUUAUAUAAAACAAAAAAACUUGGUUUAUUUUAUUAUAGAGAUCUAUUUGCCUUGUUGACACACUUUUCCUGAUGGCAUAUGCAAUAUUGACAUAAAUCAAAAAUAGUUUACAACUAUGGAACCAAAUGUAACAUUGCAUUGAUCCUUUUUUUUCCAUGAAACUGGAGCAAUUUUGCUCCUUUUAUAUAUUUUCUUUCUCUCUGCCAAGUGUUUUUCAUUGCUGGGAAUUUUGUUGUUGACGUGUCUGGAAGUGUUUUUCCCAUUUCUGUGUCUGAACGGAUCGUUCUUUACUUGGAUUGACUCAGUCUGAAUGUGUUGUCUUCCAUUGUACAUAAUUCAAUAUGCUGUUUAUUAAGAUGCUCAAAAGAGAUAAAUAUGAUUUAUAAAUUCUGGUAAUCAAGUAUUACUUUUGUCUGUAUUAAUUAUGGAUAGCAACCAUAUAAAUAAAUAAAUAAAUUAUUUAAAGAG